AGCCAACCUAAAAUUUCAAAACUGAAAAUAUUGUUUUAAUGCGAUGGAUUUCUUUGUUUUGUUAUUAGCCACUUGUUGUAUAAUAUUUCAAGGAAAUGCUCAAUACCAGCCGUAUAGUUACAACAACUAUCAAUAUCCUAACUAUCCGAUGGCUGCUAUGCCAAUCCACCACUUGGUUCCGCAGAACCGCUUCUUCUGGACAUGGACAUCAACGACGACAUCAACUUCAAUCUCUACCUGCACUGUUUUUACUAGUGUGAACUGCCCUGGUCGCCGUAAAAGGUUCCUAAUCGAAGAUUUAGACCCAAUCGAACCCUCUCCACUUAACAAGGUAGAGACCACCCAGAUUGCAACGGAGCUCUUCGACAGGAAGGCACGUGAAAUUGAUUUUGAAACGGCAUUUUCGGCAGACUCAUCGACCUACGAAGUUCAAUCCACCUUGGGCAAUCCUAAUUUCUUCUAUGGCUACAAUCCCUUUUUUCGCGAACCGGUCAACAACCUAGCGAUGGGUCCCCGUUUCUUCUUAAAGGUCACUACUUCUACGGUCACCACGGUCAGCAUUUACACUUCGAGGCCAGUUUGCUACUCGGGAGGUGGCUACGAUCAAUGUUAAU